AUGGCUCCCAACACGCGCAGCCGUGGAGUACCACCCAAGCCCCAGCCCAAGGCCAGUGCUCCACCCCAGGCUUCGACCAAGCGGAAGGCGGCUCCCAAAGCGAGCACGAAGAGCGAGCCCAAGAACCCGGCAGAGGACGCAGCCGACGACACUGCGCCUGCGCCGCCGCCCGGAGCGCCCGACGCCGACGACAACGACGACAUCGACCCACACGCCAUGACACCGGAGGAAGUAGCGCGCUUUGCAGCGCAACAAGGAACAGUUGAGGUCGACGACGACGAGCACGACCAACACGAGGCUGGGCCCAGCCGUCAGACUGCUGCACCGGCCCGCCGGGGCGGGCGCCCCGCGUCAUCCCAGCGCACCCCCACUGCGCCAGCGACACGCCGCAGCGGACGCCUCGCAGUGCGCCCCUCUGCACCACCAGCUGUACCAGCUGCACCCGUCAAUCAGGCUCCGGCUCCCGCCACCACUGGCGACAGCAGCAAAAAGAAGGCACCGACACCGACCAAGGCGCCGCCGAAAGGAAGGCCACAGAGGCAGCCACCCACUACUCAUCGUCUUGCCGCCGCCGCCUCGCCAUCCUUCCACUCCGAGAGCGACAAUAACGACGAUCAUCAGGGACCACCACCACCAAACCCAAACCCCAUUGGUAACGUCAACGUCAACGGCCACGCACCCUCCCCCGCCCAGCACAGCCAGCACACGACGUCGUCGCCGCACUCGUCCAAGGCGCGCACUGAGCGCUGGAUCGCCGACCUCGCGAAGAACGCGCCGAGCGACGCGGGUCCGCCGCCUUCCCCGCGGCUGCUCGCAGUUGCCCCCGACGACGGGCCGAGCCACCUCAGUAGCGUGAGUAACGGCCCGAGUGGGAGCUCGUCUGGCGGCGAAGGGUCUGCGUCAGAGGAGGAGGGUGAGGACGAGGGCAACGACCAGGGUUCAGGGGCAAGCGCGACAGAAGUGCCGGCCAAGCGUUCCCCAACACCCCAGCCCCCGAGGCGCUCUCCAACGCCCGCACCACCACAGGCAAUGCUAGCACCCAUGGCCCCGACAUCGAGCUUAGCGACGACGCCGCUCCCCGACCCCGAGCCGCAGCCGCUCGUGACGUACCGGCGCAAGCGGGCCCCAGCAGCCGCCGCCGCGGCCGCCGAGGCCGGGCCGUCGAAGAUGCCCAAGAAGCGCGCAGCAAGAACCGAGAGCAACGAGGAGGAGGUGGUGGCCCGCAAGCGCCCGCGCACAGCGCAGGACUUGAAGCGCCCGCGCGGGCGCAAGCCAGUCGAGGUUGAGGAGGAGGAGGACGAGCUGGCGCCGUCCGCGAGCAUCAAGUCAGAGCCGAGAGACGAGGUGCCAGCGCCGACGCCGACAAGCAAGAAGCGCACCGCGAACAGUUGGACGGCGGACAAGAAGCGCGCGGUGAUGGACCAUGUCGUCACCCUCGGCGUCGCACAGGUCAACUAUGCCAAGCUGUCCCGCGAGGUCGGGGUGCCCGUUGGCGCCCUGCGGAACGCGCUGCAGAAGGGCCACAAGGGUAACCUGCGCGACAAGGCCGUGAGCGGGGCUGGGGGGUAG